AUGGGAGUGUCUCUCACUCGCUCUUUUCUCGCUGUCGUUCAUUGUCUUAGUCUUAUUUAUUUUGCCCUAUCCCUGUAUUUUUUCAAUUUCUUUCCCUCUCUCUUCCCUUCUGCUUUUUUAAAUCUCUCUCCCUCUCUCUCUCUCUCUCUCUCUCUCUAUUUUCUCUCUCUCUAUUUUCUCUAUCUUUCCUUAUCGCUUGGUUUUAUUCCAUCUUUUUCUCCAACACUAUAUCUUUUUCUUUUUCUCCCCCUCUUUAUUAUUCUCUACUUUUAUCUCUUUCAAUUCUCUCUAUCCCUCUCAUACUCUAUCUAUGUUCUUCCCCCGUUAUCUCUCACUUUCUCACUCACUCGAUCUUUUCUCCCUGCCCUUCGUUAUGUCUAUUAUUCACUCUUUUUCUCUAUCCCUGUCUUUUUAGCUUUUUUUCCCUCUAUCGUCUUCUCUGCUUUUUCUACUUUUUCUUCUUCUCUCACUCUCUCUCCCUCUCUUCUCUCUAUCCUUCAUCUUUUUGCUUUAGUCUCUCUCUUUAUCUAUUUCUGUUUUUUCUCCCACUCUCUCUCUUCUUUUCCUUAUCUCUUAAAGUUAAUCCGUCUUUCUAUGCAACUCUCUAGGUCUUUUCUUUCUCUCCCUCCCUCUUAUUCUCUGUUUUUCUCUUUCCUCUCUCUCUCUCUCUCUCUCUUUCUUAUUCUCCCCCAGCCUCUCUCUUAA